UUUGGACUUACUAUAAUUUAAUAAGACAAAAAGUGUCCCACUACGCAUACCAGUAAUUAAAUUACUGAACUGGUUGAGCAAAUCCAAAUCAAUAGCUUCUUCAUUCCUUACUGAAAUGGAGAUUUAUCAGUUCUUUAACUAUGUUGCAUUAAUCUUUCUCUCCAUCUUUCUUCUACUGAUAAGGAAAUGGAAAGCCCAAAAGCUAAAACUGCCUCCAGGUCCAUGGAAACUACCUUUUAUUGGAAGCCUACACCACUUAGCAUUGGCAGGUCCACUUCCUCACCAUGGCCUAACAAAUUUAGCAAAACGCUAUGGUCCUCUCAUGCACUUACAGCUAGGAGAAGUUCUUAUGAUUGUCAUUUCAUCGCCUCGAAUGGCGAAGGAAGUACUAAAAACUCACGACCUCAUUUUCGCAACGAGGCCUAAACUCACUUAUGCUGACAUCGUUCAUUACAAUAGUACAGACGUAGUAUUUUCUCCGUAUGGUGCAUAUUGGAGGCAGAUCCGUAAAAUUUGUGUACUAGAACUCUUGAGUGCCAAGAUGGUUAACAACUUUGUUAGCUCGAUUUGUCAAGAUGAGUUGUUGAAUAUGAUUUCAUCGAUAAGAUUCAAGUCCGAUCUUCCUGUCAACCUUACGGAAAAAAUCAUUUGGUUUACUAGUUCGGUAACUUGUAGAUCAGCUUUAGGGAAGAUAUGCAAUGAGCACCAGGAAAAGUUGAUAUAUCUUAUGAAGGAAAUAUUAUCAUUGUCAAUUGCAGUUAAUCUUGCUGAUUUUUUUCCAAAAUGGAAAUUCCUUCAUGACCUUGGUGGUUCAAAAUCUAGACUGUUGAAGGUACAUGGUAAGGUUGAUGAAAUCUUGGAAUAUGUAGUGAAUGAGCACAAAUUGAAUCGAGCUAAUGGCAAAAAGGGUAAUGGUGAAUUUGGAAGCGAAGACCUGAUUGAUGUUAUGCUAAGAGUUAGAGAAAGCAGAGAACAGCAACUUCCCAUCACUGAUGAGAAUAUCAAGGCAAUAAUACUCGACAUGUUCUCGGCCGGGUCUGAAACAACAACGACAACUAUAAAUUGGGCAUUUGCUGAAAUGAUGAAGAACCCCAAUGUCUUAGCAAAGGCACAAGCUGAAGUAAGACAAUCCUUGAAGGGAAAGAAAGAUUUUCAACAGAUUGAUCUUGAUGAGUUAAAGUACCUGAAGUUAGUAAUCAAAGAAACUUUACGAAUGCACCCUCCUGUACCUUUAUUUGUACCUAGAGAAUGCAUGGAGGAAACAAAGAUUGAUGGCUACAAUAUACCUCUUAAAGCCAGAGUCUUAGUAAAUGCAUGGGCAAUAGGAAGAGAUCCUGAAAGUUGGGAUGACCCUGAAAGUUUUUGCCCAGAAAGAUUCGAGAAUAGUCCUGUUGACUUUACUGGAAAUCAUCAUCAGUUUAUUCCGUUUAGUUCAGGAAGAAGGAUGUGUCCAGGAAUGUUAUUUGGUUUGGCCAAUGUUGGACAACUUUUGGCACAAUUACUUUAUCACUUCGACUGGAAACUACCUAAUGGACAAAGUCAUCAAAGUCUUGACAUGACUGAAUCACCCGGAGUUUCUGCAACAAGAAAAGAUGAUCUUAUUUUGAUUGCCACUCCUUAUGAUUCAUGAGUUCAUAGAGACAGUAGAAGGAAUAAAAGUGGCACAUUAGAAAAAAAACAUGAUAUUAAAUGGGUAUUGCUUUGAGGUGUUUUUGAUUGGAGAACAUUGAAACCUCAACAAUUGUUGUAUUUUCUAGAGUUGGUUUAUAUAUGCUCCACUUUGUAUGCUUUAAGAUGUACUCUGUACAUGUUUGGGAUAUGUAUUUGAAUUCUUGAAACAAUUAACUUCUAUUAAAUUUCAGUUUACCAUUUUUAA